AUGAAGUACAAAUCGCCCCAGGUAGAGAGCGAAACCGACGCAGCUGAUGCCCCCAAGCGCAAGCUCGAUCAGAGAGACCCUGACAUCAGCACCGGUGAAGGAAGCCUCGAGGUAGAAAAGGAGCAGCCGCCUACUAAAGCGUCCAAGUCAGCUGCAAACACCGUUGAAGAAGAUGACGAGGUUCAGGAGGAUUCGGGGUAUAAGGACGAAGAAUUUGAGGAAGAGGGCGAGGAAGAUAAUGAGGAAUUCGAUGAAGAGGAAGAAUAUGAUGAGGCAGAUGACGAGAACGUCGACUUUGUGAAAGAGCAAGGUGGUGAAGAAGAAGAGGACCAGGACGCAGAAGGCGAGGAAGACGAUGAAGGAGAAGCAAAAGAAAGGGUCUCAAGCAAGCCCAAACUGCAAAAGGUCGUCAAGGAAUUUGGUCGCCCACCCUUGUAUGGGACCGAAAUCGCAGAGGGACGCCUGGAGAGCUCCCCGGAUACACUACUUGCUAUGGUUAUGGACGCGAUGCUGAAAUCGCGCCCUAUCUCGCACGACCUGACACAGCGCGCAGUCAAUAAGCUUAUCGAGGUCGGGUAUCAUGAUAUACGGAAAUUAGGGGAGAGCAGCUGGGAGGAGAGAACAAUGGUCCUCAAGGACGGGGGAUACAAUCGCUAUCGAGAGCAAGGUGCAACGAAUCUAGGUGAUUUGGCAGAGUUCGUCAAUGAGAAGUACGAUGGAGAUCUUAACAAUCUUCUGAAAAAAGCCCAUAAUGACCGAGACGAAACGAGAAAGUUGAUAAAGGAGAUCAAAGGACUAGGCGACCUGGGCGUAGAUCUCUUUUUCAACAAUGCCCAGGCUGUGUGGCCUUCCAUUGCACCUUUUAUUGAUGGGCGCAGUUUGGAAACUGCUGAUAAUGUCGGCCUUGGUACGGACCUGGACGCUAUCUACGCCGACCUAGGACGCGACUCGAUGAGUAUGAGCCGACUAGCCAAUGGAUUGUCGGCUGUCAGACUGGAGAAGAGGCAAGGAGAUCUCAUGGCGAUUUGA